UUCCAAUAUGCAUUGCAUUGACCAUACGCCAUCUGCUUCUGACUAUCAAACUCACGGCGCAUUUUCGAAAAUGGCCAUCGUACAGAAUUCAGAUGUCUCCGUCGUAAAAUCCGAAACGCGAAUAAAAAUAGAAUGAAGAGUGUUCUAAAUUUUACCUAAGCAUAUUCGCAAGAAGUGUUCUCGUAACUCAUGAAAUAAGUGUACGUUGACCGUUUGAGUUUUCCUGUCGGUUGAAGCGGGCAUCGAAUAAGAUUGUUUGAAAGUUCCGACCCAAAAGUGAAGUCCGGGAAUGUCGUGGAGUCGGGAUCGAAUCAAAUUGCCGCGAUGUGACGUAAAAAACGUCUUGGCCACUGGUUAAAAUCGGCGAUUUCCUGCACCCUGUGUUUAGUUUCGCUUUUCUGAUAUAAAAUGUCAGCGCGGCUGAGUGAUACCCACGGCGAUUUAUGAUGGAAAAAGCAGGCAAUGUUUGAAUAAUCGAUCAAUGGAAAAUUGCUUAGAAAUCGCGGAGUUGUCCAUUCAGUUCAUGUGGCCCUUCUGUGUGUUUUGUCCGCAACCGAAUAGACGGCAUACGAAAUGAGCGAAAUAAAUUCAAUUAAAAUUCUCUCCGGUCAUGCAAUGAGAAAAAAACGAUAAAAUCUUGGCUACAAAAAGAAGUAAAUUACUUGCGGCAAAAUAACAAAAAAAUUGGAUUCGAUCAAAAGAUAUACUCACACCGACGCACCUCAGACGUUCCCACACUCAGCCGACCCCGUCGGGACACGAGUAAAAGUGACAUUUCCUCACAUCUACACCCACAUCGGACCCCAAACCAGCCCCAAACUUGUCCGCACACACGUUCGCUGGGUCGCUCGCUCUCUUUCGCUCCCGCUCACUCGGUCCCAUUUGAUUACUAUUCGAACUCGAACAUAAACAAUGACAAAGGAUUGGCUGUGACCCGCGAACAAUUGUCCCGCAGAGCCCUGGAAAACUUUCUCGUGCGGCACGGGAAAAGCCUUCGGAAAGUUUGGAGCAAUUCAAACAGAAAGUGAAACGGAUUCCGGCCCUCAAUGGAAAUAUGCGCGAAUUCCGAUCGGACCCUGGCCUCAAGUUGAAAAUACUGCGUGACAAGGAAGGGUUUUUCGGCGACGGCAAGUUCAGGUAUUCGCUAAGAGAAUCGUCUCAAUUUUCCUCGGUGGCAUGGCGAGUGUGCCCGCUGGAAGCAGAAUAAAUAAAACAAUCAACCGCUCGCCGUCACAAGUCACGAUUUAUGUGCUAUCGCGUAGCAGGGAAAUGUGGGUUUGUUGCUGUUCGCGCGAAUGUUCCCUCGGCGCUUUGUCUUGUGCACCAUUAUUGCUUUGUGGAGUAUCUGAACGCGAAUACAAAAAGUAAAACGAGAAACACUCAGAUGUUGGCGGUGUGCAAUUGUACCUAGUGGAAUAUCGAGUAGCCCCGCCGACGAGCACUGCUAGAGCCCUUUCCGUGACGUGAAUCCGGACAACCAGACAUUCUGUUGGUGAUCGACUGUGGUAGCUCAAUCGUGGAGCUUGUCCAGCUGGAAAUAUUCUUGUUGCCCUCCUCGGACCUGUUGGUCGAUAUCCAUGCCCGAUAGUGAUCCCGUUUUUCAUCAGAGCGCGACUAUUUGGACAUCAGCUGCAGUUACAAUUGGAACCGUCUUGUGGAAUAACGAGAUGUGCGGCUCAUGAAUUGCAUGCUACCACCAAAAUCAACUUACUUUGCAAUGGACUGUGAUGUAUCACCGGACCGUGGAUCCGAUCAUACCAUUCUGCUAGCAACUCAUGAAAUUGUAUCGUCCGAUGACUACCAAUCAUCACCCGAUUCAAUUCAUCACCACCACCAUCAUCAUCAUCAAAUACACAACUACUCCUUGCAUCCGCAGAGCAUUUCAAACGAUGAUGACGAUGAAGAUGAUGUCAUAUUCGAUAUUGAUCAACCGCCACCUCUGCUUCAGGUUGAAGAGGAUCGGGAUCCUUUAGCGUUAGACGACGCGGCCGAAGAAGAGUUGCUGCGUCUUCAAAGUCCGCCAAAAUUAGAUAUUAAUCCGCCUUUGAGCAUAUUAAAACAGCAACAUGUUCCUCGUAUCAACGCAAAAACGCUGGCGUUGGACAUUAAGGAGAAGACGACGACCUCUCCUACCUCGGACAGCAGUACGAAGACGUCGUCGCAAACGCAAGCAGCGAAACCACGGAAACCUGCAUCCACCAUGCGAGAGGUUUUAGCAUCGUUACCGGGAUUCAGUGUGAAACCACGCCGUCGCUCGAACAAGAAAAUGUCGACAGCUGCACAAAUUGAACAAACGAAAAAUGGAAAAAUCGACCUAGAAACACCAGACUCGAUUUUGGUUAGCACAAAUCUCCGAGCGCUCUUGAACAAGCAAACGUUCUCGCUCCUACCUCCUCUAUUUCAACAUAGUUUAGUUCAACUAUUGCCUAGUGUGGACCGACCGCCCGCAAUUGAUGGCGAUUCGGCACAGAUUCGGUUGAAUGCGUCCGCUCUCAAUAAUGAAUUUUUCGCUAGGGCAUGUUUGGAUUGGCGUGAACGCCUAGCCGGGGGUGAAUUGACCCCGGAAAAUCAAAAUAAGUUAAAAACAGAGGCUGAACGGGAAAUGAGUAAACUCGACCCAUGGAAGUUGAAGCAUUUCGAACCGAUUUGGGGUGAUAAAAGCUAUAGGUCUAAGAAAAUAAGUAGUGAUAGUAAUAGUGAUGAUCGGCCCACAAUAGGUGGAGCCGAUGCGACGCAUACAUCGACGACGACGUCGACGACAAUCAAUUCUUCGAAUUCAGUAGUAACACCAACGAACGAACCCGCCCCGGCUCCCCCACCUACACCAGAAACGCCUUUAUCACAAGGUUCUUCGGGAUCUUCCGUAAUAGUUGAAUGUUCAGACGUCCCAUCUUCAUCGACGCGAACAAGCCUUAGUCCUUGCAGACCCCUAAUGACUGCCUCUUCGAUGUCAAACUCAUCGCCCGAUACAAACGUGGCCGAAAUUACCAUUUCAAGUUCGAACUCGUCCACAAGUUCAGUGGAAAUUAUUGAAGAAUAUCAACAAGAAGAUGAAAACAGGCUGGAGGUGAGCGACGUAUCCGUUCAUGAUGAAGCGGUGGAAAUUCCUUCUCAAGUAAAUAUUAGUGCAAUAAAAAGUGAAUGUAAAAGUGGAAGGGAUUCGGUUAUGGACGUUAUGAUCACGUCGUCUCCUAAGCAAAUUGAUUCGGAAGUUGAGGAGGUGGAAAUUUCCUCAGAAAUUGAAAACAGUCUGGACCAGGGACAAGAAAAAGAUCAAAGUCAAAAUGAAGAUUUAAAAUAUUUGCACGACGAUAAUGGUUUGGUUUUGUAUGAAAUUGAGGUGGACAUGGCUGAUAUUAAUGAUGCAAGUCAGAGUGAGGAGAAUUCGACGGGGUCACAACGAGCGGAAAAACGUGCAUCGAGCCCUGAAGAUCGGGAAAGCAAACACAUGAAACUUAAUGAAAUGGUGGAAUGGGAAGAAGUAGAUAGUCAACAGCCACCAUGUGUCGAUAAUGUUAGCAAUACGGUUGAUGAGCUUAUUCCUGACGGCGAAAUUCCUAUGACGGCCGCCGAAAUGGAAGUCUUCAGUACAUUCACAAGCAACUCAAAUUCAAACUCACUAAGUGAUUGCAGUAAUCAAAGCAUUUCUGAAGUGAUAGUGGAAGAUGACAAGCUGGCGUUGCCUCCGGAUGUUGAUGAGUCUUUGAUAGCAGAGGCAGAUGACAACAUCUUAAUUGACGAAGUGUCACUGCCUCCUUCACCAUUGCUGGAGAGCGUAGUAUAUGCCGAUGACCAGAGCUCACUGUCACCAGCUGAACUACCCAAAGACGUUGAUGACAAUGAGGAGCUUGUCAGUACGACUGUCGAUGAAGUUGUGAUGUCGCCAAUGCCUAUGCCUAUAUUACACGAAGAAAUUCAACAGGACGAGUCGAAUUCUCUCCUUGAGCCUUACAUCGAGAUAGACCCUUCGACGGAAGACCUAGCCGAAAUUGAAACUCCAAUAUUUGAAUCUCAGUCACAAACUAUGGAAAUUAGUGAAAUUAUGCAGAGCCAACAACCUAGGGUCUCAUCAAUAUCCGAUUCUCAAUAUCUACAUGCGAUACAACGGCCACCUUCAUCUAGCAGUCCGACAAUAUAUCGUCUAGCGCUGUCGCCUUCAACACAGCUAAAGGUCAUUUCAACCGGCAAAGUAGAAAAUGUGCCGGAAGUGUCUCGGCCGCAAGCAACUAUAGUGAAAAUUCCUGUUAGCUCAACUAGUUCGACCCAAACAACAGUUGCCUCGACUUCGAUUCAGUCUGUGAACGCGCUCAAUGCAUUGGUGGGCUCAAAUGGUAGGGGUCGACGUGCAACAAGUAACUUACCGCCGGGCGCUGUGAAUCUCGAACGAAGUUAUCAAAUCUGUCAAGCUGUAAUACAGAACAGUCCAAAUCGACAUCAGCUGAAAGCACAGUUGAAACCUCCACCAUUUAUUGUCAAUUCGAAUAGCGGUAGUACGUCGGGAGUAGGAACGAGUAAUUCGGUUUUAUCAACACCGACAACGCUUAAAGUAGAAAAUCAACUUUUAGGAGCUAAUAAUCCGCCAGUUGUUUAUAAGGUCAUCACUGCUCCCCGACUAGGAUUCCCCCGUAAGAAAAUCGUACAUCGACAAUUCUCAUCACCAACAAUAGUUCGCCAUUUGUAUACGACCGAUACCAAUCUUUCCAAUGUUCCGCAAACAGGAACAACGACAGCAACGACGGUGCCGUUGCGAGUGCAACAGCAGUACCAAUCUCAGCAGCCGCUGCAGCAACACCAUCAAACCACAACCGUGGCGUUGUCGACCGCCCAACAGCAAUUUGGACAAUACGUUUUAAUACAACGCGCCAAUUUGGCAACAAGUGAUAACCAAGUUCCAAGAGCUUCUAGUGCUCCACCGGCACAAAGUCAACAAAUUCAAGGAAUGAAUGGAUUGCUAAACAAUAAUAGCACUAGUAUAAGAAUGCGUCCAGCGUCGGCGUCUGUGGAUGUCGAAAUGCCAAAUGAUGACGCGGUGCAGGACGUUUAUGUGAUUGAAACUAGUUCAGGAUUAAAUGCUAUUACAACGAAAACAACAAAUCAUGGCCUGACAUACAAUGGUGAUGUGAGCAGCACGAAUUCAGCCCAUCAGCUGCAACACCAGCAUCGUCACCAUCAUCCUUCAAAUCAACAAGCAUUCAACAAACGUGUGACUGGCGAGAAUACUCCCCCGAACUGCUCUUGUUCGCUGAACGCAAUGGUAGUCUGUCAACAGUGCGGCGCAUACUGUCAGGAUGACUGCAUCGGUUCAUCAAAGUUAUGUGUGGCAUGCACCAUAAGAUGAAUCCACCUAAACAUGUUAUACCCUACAUAAUACCCAAAAAUACUGUCUAAAACUUUGCACAUUAAUCACUAUGUGCACUGAAAUAUGAAAUGAAUUUGCCUUUCCAUGUGUUAAUGGAAGCGCGAAAAAGUGUAAUAUCUUUAAAAAGUAAAAUAAAUAUAAAUACAAUUAAAUAAACCAGAAAUACUGACAUUUGGAUUGUGCCCAUCUGGGUUACGAUCUAAGUCGAUGGAAUAAAGUUGUGAAGUAAUUUGUAAGUGAUCUUAAUGAAAAUGAAUUUCAAACGAAUAUAAAACUGGACGACAAAAUAUUUAAAUAAUUCUAAAGUCUGAAAUUUAAUUAAUAUUCAAUCCUUUUAUAUAAAUACAUAGAAAAACCGAAUGAAAACAAAUGUAAAAUGAAAAAAAGAGGUCAACGACUCUACACAAAAAGUAAACAAUACUAUUCAAUUACGAAUUUUUAUAAUUCUCUCACUUCAUGUGUUUCCUGCUCCUUUGUUUCCCCCCUCUCCACAUGGAACCGUUUUACAAGAAAGAUAUAUUUUGCACUUUUUCGUCUUUAGUUAGAGGUUAAAUAUUAAAUCUAAUUUUUGUAUAUAUUACUUAAGCAUACUAGUUGUAGCUGUUAAACUUAAGUCCAGAGUAAUUAGUGUUUAGCGAAAGUAUCUCUAAAAUACUAUGCAGCUAGUUCGUAAGUAAGAAAUUAAACCCUAAAGAACCAUAAGCUUGUACAUAGUUUACACACUCAUCUAAUACGCAAGAAUGAUUAUGAAAAGAAGAGAUUUUAUGUAUUCGAGAUAUAUGAGAAACUAAAGUUCUAUUAUUUCUUAUUUACUUGUUUAAAUGCGAACUACUUUGCUAGGUAAUUAAUUUUUCUUUAAUUAUCGUCUUUGUUUUUAGUGAGACAAACGUUUUUUUUACAAUAUCUGAUAAUAAUUAUUUUGUAUAAGUGGAAUAAAGUAAAAGUGAAUCAAUGGAUAAACAAGUCGCAAGUGUUUAGAAACCAAUAAUUGGAUAUUUGAAAUACAAGAGUAAAAAAAAAAUGGAAAAAUAAAAUAUAGCGAAAGAUAAAACUGCUGUUAUGUAGACUCCCACAAAAUUUAAAUGAUUUCAAAAGUAAAAGCCGUAAAUGCCGACUAUAUACCUUCGAAAGAAAGAAGAAAUCAACAAAUUCAUGAAAAAAUUAAUCAGUUUUGAAAAGUAUUUGACAAAUUAAAGUGAAAUGAAAAAAAAA